UGUACACGGAGAUGUCACACGCAUCCUACCAUCACUAGCAUAAUUUACCAAAAGAGAGCUCGAGGGGACAGCUAGCCAACAGAGCAGGAGGAAACCCACUUUUCCUUGAAAUAUUUUGGUGGUUAAUUGUUUCGAUUCUUAUCGGGUGCUCAACAGUGGAUAAGCGGUCAUGUCAAAGAACAUUGAAUUAUUUAUAGGCACGCGCGUCUUGUUGUGUGACAGUAUUGCCCCAAACCCAUUUUGUUAGAUGUGCGUCUUCAGCAGUGACUGGCACACAUAGCUUUUUCGGCCAAUGCUUCACUUUGACGACCACGGAUGCUUGCUGAUAGGCUAUGGUGCUCGCAGUAUAACCAAUCUUCAGAGGUGGCUUGAUCAUUUUUGCCAUUUGGUUGGCUUAAUUUAAGCCGAUGUGUGUUGGGUGUAAGGAAGAGGAUCCAAAGGACUGAUUUUCGAGGCGUCAAAGGCUUUGGCACUACCUCGCCCGGGAGGACGCAUCCUGGCUAACGGUCGCCAUCCCGAAUUACAUCCUGGCUAACGGUCUCCAUCCUGUACUUGGAUCCUAUAAACCUCCAUGCUGACCACUUCAGAGGAGCGAAGAAGAGUCAGAGUGUGAGUGAGACGACCACAACCUCAGGAGGCUGAACAGACCACGGUUGCAGAGUGGGUGCAAUUCCAAAGACGAUGGUCCACUGUGCCGGGUGCGAGAGGCCUAUACUGGACAGGUUUCUCCUCAAUGUUCUGGACAGAGCGUGGCACGUCAAGUGCGUACAGUGCUGCGAGUGUAAAUGCAAUUUAACAGAGAAAUGCUUUUCUCGAGAGGGGAAACUAUACUGCAAAAACGACUUCUUUAGGAGGUUCGGGACAAAGUGCGCGGGCUGUUCUCAAGGCAUCUCGCCGAACGACUUGGUCCGGAGGGCAAGGAGCAAAGUGUUUCAUCUCAACUGCUUCACCUGCAUGAUGUGUAACAAACAGCUAUCCACGGGAGAGGAGCUCUACAUCAUAGACGAAAACAAAUUUGUCUGCAAAGAAGAUUAUCUAACCCAUAGCAAUGGGAAAGACACAAACCUUCUCUCAGUAACAGCAUGUAGCGAUCCAAGUUUAUCACCAGAUUCUCAAGACCAGUUACAGGACGAUGUAAAGGACACUGAAAUAGCCAAUUUGUCGGACAAAGAAACGGGUAGUAAUGAGAACGAUGGCGAAAACCUUGGCGGUAAACGACGUGGACCGCGAACCACCAUCAAGGCAAAGCAACUGGAGACCCUGAAAGCGGCCUUCGCUGCCACCCCCAAACCCACAAGACACAUCAGGGAGCAGCUCGCGCAGGAGACGGGGCUGAACAUGAGAGUAAUUCAGGUAUGGUUUCAGAACCGGCGGUCUAAAGAGCGACGCAUGAAGCAAUUGAGCGCCCUGGGCGCGAGACGGCACGCGUUCUUCCGGAGCCCGAGGAGAAUGAGAACUCUAGUGGACCGGCUGGAACCCGGGGAAUUAAUUCCAAACGGUCCUUUCUCUUACUACGGAGAUUAUCAGAGCGAGUACUACGGUCCAGGAGGGAACUACGACUUCUUUCCUCAGGGGCCUCCAUCGUCGCAGGCACAGACCCCCAUAGACCUCCCCUUCGUGCCCUCCUCAGGCCCCACAGGCACCCCUCUAGGUGGUAUGGACCAUCCCCUGCCCGGGCACCACCCCUCCAGUGAGGUGCAGCGCUAUUCUGACAUCAUGUCCCACCACCCCGGGGACUCACCCAGCCCGGAGCCAGGCAUCCCGGGGCCCAUGCACAGCAUCUCCUCUGAGGUGUACGGCCCCAGCCCGCCCUUUACCUCACUAUCCCUCAAUGGCAGCGGAUACGGCAACCACCUGUCCCAUGCACCCUCGGAAAUGAAUGAGGGCACCGUCUGGUAGCUCUAAAGAACGGACUGUACCAUCAAGAGAUUCAAUAGGGGAGGACAGGAGAGUGGGCAUGGGUAAGGGCAGGGGUAGGGACACCAGUCAAAUCAUUUUUUGUCAAUCAUAUUUAAUUCUUUCAUUUCCCCAUAUGAUAUUUUUUGCAGGGAAAAAAAAUAUGGCGAAAAACAAAAUGUGGACAAUGUGGUUGUAAACAUUUACCUUGGUAUUGUGUUGAUGUUUCGAUUGCUUCUUUCUCUAAACCCGAAUAAAAAGAUUGUCACACAUAAAAGACUGUGUGUGACUGUUGACCCUGUGGGCCCUUGGCUGCCCCAGGCCCCUGCUCUCCAUGGCUGUGACCCUUGCUGACUCCUGUCAGUGGCCUAGCACAGCGACGCCCCUCCAAACACACGCCACUGGGAAAACAACUAUUCUGAAAACAAGUAAUAUGUCCCACAUCCACAAAAACAUCAUUAGCUACUGUCAAAGACUCAACAGCUUUACAGAAAAAGAAGGACGGGUGGUUGGUCUGAACGCUAACCUGCGCCGCUGGCAUUAGAAGAAGGCUGAAAGGCGUCAGACUCUAUUUAUGGCACUAGACGUGUCCCUUGUAUUUAUUCAAAAGCUCCUCAGACCUCUUUGCCUCUCAAGGCUCUGCCAUAUUGACACUUAAACAACCUUUUUGACACUAAAUAUAUCUCUGAAGGCCAGGGGAAAUACAUUUUUUUUCUCUCCAUCUGGACAGUUUCCUUUUUUUUGGUUAAAAAAAUCAAACCACCAAAUCUGAAGAAGUUGUCCUUCAAAAGGAAAACAAAAGGCAAAGUUAUAUUUAAAUUGAACAGAACUUGAAAUGUUUCUAAAUGAAGUCUACCUUCUAAAAAUAUUAUAAUGGGGGUCUGAAAGGGACUAGAACAGUCAACUGUUUACGUUAUAUAUUUAAUUCAGGAGUUAAAAGUGUCAAACCAUGUUUUAGAAUCUCUUGAUCCAGAUAAAAUGUUCCAAGCAACUAACCAAACUUUUGUAUUGAUUUGAUUGAUAUUGUAUGAAGACAAACACGUUUGCUGGGGUUGUGGUUCACUGUGCUAGUUUGUACAAGAUGUUGUUUACAAAAACAAAAAAAAACAUUUAAAAAAAAUACACAAGUAGACAGUUACCAAAUAAAAAAAUAGCACAAAUACUGUAAAAGUGCUUUGCACCAUCAUCUGCGGAACAUGUUGAGUUAAAAAAUGCGAAGGAGUAAUUUACUUCUUCAUUUUUGUAGUCUGCUGAAAAACAUUCAUAAAGUUGUUAAUAUAACAUACUUAGACAGGUUUUAUUUUUGUGUCUUCAAAGGAAAUCCAAACGAUUAAAUGAAUGGUCGAAUAUGCAGUUAGCGGCUGCUACUUUCUUUAAAUAUCAAGCCCUCAUGGUAUGUCUGUUAUUGUUCUAAUAAACCUAAGCUUAUGUGACCUCCAGUGCAUAUUAGACCAUUCACUGUAUAAAUACAACAUGUUGAAAACAAUUGUGAGUUUUUAAUAAAACUAGAAAAUAUACAAUUUGAAUGAUAACACAUUUUCUUUGGACAGAUCAUCUCUUACCUUAGCUGCAUUUGAUAUAUUUAAUAUUUAAAAAUGAUAAAACUUAAGUGUGGGUUAUUUCUCUUAUAUGUUCUUUUAAAUUUAGUUUUGAGGGAACUGUUUAUGUGUCUCUUUACUGAAGUCAAUUGAACAGGUUUAGGAUAAUAAACGAUUCAGUA